GAUACAUGUCGUGACAGUCAGUGAACUACCAAAAAAUGUUUGUCAAACACACAAUUAAGUUAACACUAAUCCUAUGGGCCGUUAGCCUAUGGGCGCCGCCGCUCUGCCAGUGCUAUACGGGUGUGGCCGAUGAGGUGCGGCAGUUGUCUGGCCUUACAUUUCCGAUCAAUUAUCGGCACUAUUCUGGUUACCUGAACGCCACGGAUGACCGACACUUACACUACUGGUUCUUUGAGAGCCAAUCGUCACCCAAAUCAGAUCCGGUGGUUCUGUGGCUGAAUGGCGGACCCGGAUGUUCCAGCGUAUUGGGCGCACUCACUGAACAAGGUCCAUUGCACGUGGACCCGAACGGGCGGCAACUGUACCCGAAUGAAAACAGUUGGAACCGGGCGGCCAACAUGCUAUUCCUGGAGGCGCCGGCAGGGGUGGGCUUUUCGUACAAAGUGGACGCCAAGUACGCCACCGACGACGACCAGGUGGCCAGAGAUAACGUGGCGGCCAUUGAGUGCUUCUACCGCAAGUUCCCGCAGUUUAAGACAAAUGACUUUUACGUAAUGGGCGAGAGCUAUGCCGGCGUAUAUGUGCCCACACUGUCCGUACAGAUACUGAACGCUAUUACCAAUGCCUCGGCCGCACCGGUUGGUAGUGGCGGUGGUUUGGCCGGCCUUAACUUCAAGGGCUUCGCGGUGGGCAACGGUUACCUUGAUCAAAAAAUGUUGGGCAACUCUCUGCUGACAUUUGGCUACUAUCACGGCCUAUACGACCACUACGUGUGGGACGCGUUGGUCAAUAGUUGUUGUCCGCCGAUGGCUAACCUGUCGACGGCGUCAACAGUGGCCGCCAGUCGAUGCGAUUUUGUCGGCAACCGGAGCGCCGCCUGCGUGUCGGCCGUCAGUCGGGCCUCCGGUUUCAUACGAGAGCCCGGACUCAACGUGUAUAACCUGUACGCCGACUGUUGGUCACCGUCGGACAGCACCUUCGGUGCGAUACUGACCGCCAGUGUUGCCAACACAACCGGGAAGUAUUCGCGUGAAACGUUUGACCGCCGGUUAAUGAUCGGUACGUUAAACCUGACGGACGAGCGCCCGCUGUUGGACAAGCUAUCGGUGACUCCGCCUUGUAUUGACGCCAGUUUUGUCGAGCGCUGGAUCAACGACCCGGCCGUCCGCCGCGAUCUACACAUACCCGAUGCGGUGCAACAGUGGACCAGUUGUAGCCUACCGGUGAUGGCCGGCUAUCGUAAUAUUUACACCUCGAUGAAAGCGCAGGUGCAGCAGCUCCUGGCGUCGGACAGGCAUUUAAAAGGGCUGAUAUAUAAUGGAGACGUGGAUAUGGCGUGUAAUUUUUUGGGUGAUGAAUGGUUUGUAGAGGACCUGAACCGAACACUGGUCAGCGAGUAUAAGGCCUGGUAUUAUAAUAAACAAAUCGCCGGCUUUUAUAAAGUGUACGAUAGGCUGGCGUUCGCGACGGUUCGCGGCUCCGGUCAUAUGGUGCCCACCGAUAAGGCCGGCGCCGCACUCGAGAUGUUUGAAAAGUUUAUUAAUUCACCCGCGAGUGCAUUGAAAUUACAUUAA